UCUAUUGAGGUUUCGGAUGACACUGAUCAAGAGGAGGAUGACUGCAUGGCAAGAGUUUGUGUCCGUUGUGCCGAGUGCUUGGCUGAUUUCUUAGCAAAUAUUUCCCUGAUGCCACUGAAGAUCCCACUCGCAGAGAGCUUGUAGUCUAGAAGGGGAGAUGAUGCCUGCAGAGAUCUGGGAUAUGAGGUUCUUCUCACUACCUCAGAACACGCAUUUGGUUUGCUCUCAGCCUGACCCUUGCUGGCAGAAGUCAACUGCAGUCGGACUUGAGAACUGCAGUUGUCGGAGAGUUCAGUGCAUUGCUUUUCCUGGGCACUCCUCAUCUUGGAUUGAAAAAUUGACAUCAACAUGUUUUGCCCACUGAAACUCAUCCUGAUGCCAGUAUUACUGGAUUAUUCAUUGGGCCUGAAAGACUUGAUUGUUCCCUCCCUUGAGCUAACAGUCCAUGUGGGUAAUUCAGCCCUGAUGGGAUGUGUUUUCGAGAGCACAGAAGAGAAACGUGUGCUCAAGGUAGACUGGAUGUUCUCAUCAGAGCACGUCAAGGAAGAGUACGUGCUAUACUAUUACGCCAACCUCAGUGUGCCUGUGGGGCGCUUCAUGAAUCGUGUGUGCUUAGUGGGGGACAUCUUACGCAAAGACGGUUCUCUCCUGCUCCAAAAUGUGGAAGAGGCUGACCAGGGAACGUAUACCUGUGAAAUCCGUCUUGAAAUGGAGAGCCGGGUGUUAAAAAAAUCAGUGGUGCUGCAUGUACUACCAGAGGAACCCAAAGAGCUCGUGGUCAACAUGGGUGAUUCAGUUCAAAUGGGAUGUGUUUUCCAGAGCACAGAAGAGAAACGCAUGACCAAGUUAGACUGGAGUUUCUCAUCUGGGAAGCAUGCCAAGGAGGAGAUUGUGUUGCUCCAUUACCCCAAAUUCAACGUACCUGUGGGGUACCCCCAGAACUUUGGCCACUUCCAGAACCGUGUAAACCUGGUGGGGAACACUACUCACAAUGAUGGCUCCAUCAUGCUCCAAGGAGUGAAGGAGUCUGAUGGAGGAAUCUACACCUGCACUAUCUACCUGGGGAACGCGACAUUCAGGAAAACCAUUGUGCUGAAAGUGAAUUGGAAGGAGCCCAAAACACCAGUGACUCCAGUAGUUCACAGACCUGAGAUCCUGGGUGGUGAUCAUCUGGUGACCAUUGUGGGGAUUGUUUGUGCCACUGUCCUGCUACUUCCUGUUCUGAUAUUGAUCAUUAAGAGGACCCACGGGAAUAGGAGGUACAGUGUUUCUCUCAUUUCUUGGGUUGGGAGGCUGGAGGUGCAGGACUGCCUCAAACAUGUUUACUGCUCAAUAACUACACGCGAGGUGACCGAGGAGGAAGAAUCAAGUGAAAAAUCAGAGGCCACCUACAUGACCAUGCACCCAGUCUGGCCUUCUCAGAGGUCAGCACCAAAUAACUCACUUGAAAAAAAGUCAGCUGUGGGAAUACCAAAAACAAAGCAAGACUUUUGAGAAGGAGAGCUCCCUUCCUCCUUAAUGGUGGCAGAGACUCUCCUCUGUGUGUCCUGAGUCGCUGUACCAGCUAUUGCAGAACCCCCGUCCUUCCCAGUUGUCCUCCCGUCUCCCUGGUUGGUCAAAGGGCUGAAGAUGGAGGGUUCGGAGCCUGGCAGAAGAUGGAGGAAUCGGCCCUAAUGUGGGGGACCGUGGACUUGGUCCCUCUGGAGUGGGACACUGGCCCUGGGGACCCUGGCUGAGCUGCCGCAGUGGCCUCAAGCACUGCAUCAGAUCAGACCCUCCACUUGGGUGGCAUUCUUCGUGCAUGCAUUACUGGGAAGAAUCACAGAAAUAAAAACCAACCCAAAUGACUCCUUUGGCAAAUUAUCCCUAAAUAAAUGUGGU